AGUGUUAAAUUGACAUUUCGUAGGAAAAGAGUUUUCAUCAAUGUGACAGUUCACAAAAUGCCCAGGACCUUUCUUGUCCGAAGAACAGCAUUACAAUUUGAGAAUCCAUCUUCAACAGAAAGUCAAGAAGAUAGUGAAAUUAAUUCUACUGAACUUCACGUGAACCACAAUAAUAAAGAUUUGAGCGUUCAUGAAAGUUCAUCCGACAUUCCUCUGAUAGAACCGAGAGUUAAAGAAGAAGAGGUCGAAGUCGAAUCUGAUUCUUCAAACUUAACAGAAGUGGUAUCGUUUGAUAAAUCACCGACCUAUCUGUCAAGGGCCAUAAGCAAGGUCAUCACAGUAGACUCGGUAACUGGGGUCAUUGAAAAUAAGACAUCGUCGUUAAAGAGUUACAUUAAGGAAGAGAUACCAGAUCCGGAACUAGACGCUGAAGUAGCCUAUCAUACUGACAGGUCAUUUUCUAGUUCCACACGUGACAUCAGUACAUGUUCAAGACCUAUAAGUAUAUCAUCGGUGGAAAGCACCGGAAGUCAGGUUCACCAUAGCAACACGUACAGUGAUAUCUCAGAGUCGAGUUUUCAAGAACAUAUUCGAGAAAGGAUUGCACCGUUAUCUCUUCCUCUGAUAACUCCUCAUCAGCCAUUGCCUCCCUUUGCCUCUUUGGCUUACAACGUUUUUGUAUCAUCUAGAAAAACAAUGGGUGAAACAUUGCAGGAGACUGUUACCAUGGAUACACAACCAACCACAGUAAUGAAACUUCCUCUUCGAUUUCCAUUGAACAAUGAUCAGGAUCAGUGCUCAUUGAAAAAUGAAAGACUUACAGACGAUGGUCAAAGUUGUGAGAACAAACAAACAAAAGAAACGAGGGUGAAAUCAAAUGACGAAAUUAGUGAGAAGAAAUUCGAGUCUUCUGAACAAAAACAAACCAAAGUCAAUCCAAAAGAAACAAUAAAAAGUGCUCCCAAAAUAUGGAACCCGUUCCAUUAUGUAUCUACACCAAAAACAAACAAAGUGCUACCUGUUUCACCAGCAUUUAGUUCUCCUGUUAGCCAGAUUGUAAAUAAUUUGCGAAGUCCACAUUUACCUCAAUCUGUUAUUAACUAUGCUACCCCUUUUAUUGCAAAUUCAUAUCAUCAUUCAGAAAGACUGGAUUCACCUCAGAUGAGAAUACCAGAAGUUCGGAUUCCAGAUGCUGAAAGAUGUUACAACUUCUCAUACAGUACUAGAUCCCCCUUCUUACGGGAACCAGGCAGCUCUUUUCAGACGGUUCCGCAGAUUAAUGCUUCUCAGAAUGUAAAUUCCGUUUUCUCACCAAGAAUACCCAGUCCAUUUUUACCAUACAGAUCACAUUGCACUCCUGAAUCGUAUGCUUCAAGUACAAUGCCACCUUCGAGGACGUCGACUCCUACCAUAACACCAAUUCCGACAACGCCAAUUCAUCGAAUUACGCCAAUUUCGACAACACCGAUUCGGUCGAUACCAGAAGUUCAUAUGUCCAAUGCACAGAAACGUCCUUGUACACCAGUGUCUGAAACACCAAAAAGACUACGUGUAGACAAUGUUCCUUUUCAAAUAUAUAAAGAAAGUCCGACGCAAAGUUUUGACCAAUGUUUUCAGAAUUUGCCGUACCGAUGUCCUAUAACACCGGUCAUUACGAACAAUGCUAGUCAAAAUCAGGAGAAUACAUCGGUGAACAGGACACCAGUCACUCAUCUGCAACAAAGGGCAGCGCUGCAACAUGGGUCCCCUAUUCUGGCACCAUCGUCUAUCUCCAAAGAAAAUAUACCAAACCAGAGUUCCAAAGACGUAGUUUUGAAAGUCGUAAAGACACAGCAGACACCACAGAAAUUCGAAGUGAUAAAUGGAGGUUACGGUAUAAAGAACCCGUCAUUUGUGCCGCCAAAGCCUGCUGAUAUUACAAAUAUACAACAAGACGAAAACGGAAAAGGAAGCUUUAUGUGCAAAGUUUGCGGCAAAGAAUUUACCAUUCAACGAUUACUUAACCGCCAUCUGAAAUGUCAUAGCGAGGCAAAAAGAUACUUGUGCACUUUUUGUGGGAAAGGUUUCAACGACACGUUCGACUUGAAACGACAUACUCGUAUUCAUACAGGUGUAAAGCCAUACAAAUGCGAGCAUUGUGAGAAGGCGUUCACACAGCGAUGUUCAUUGGAGUCGCACAGUCGCAAGGUACACAGUAUGGAACUAAGCUAUGGUUACAAACAACGGCGCAAUAAAACGUACGUUUGUGAGGAUUGUGGUCAUUCUACAACGGAUCCGGAAGUUCACUUUAAGCAUUUGAAAGAUCAUCAUCCUAACUGCCCAGCACUUGCCAAACCACAUGAUAAAAGACAUUUCAAAUUCCAGGCAAAUGGAAGACCUUCUGGUUCGCCUUUACGACUAAGACACUAACUUUUGUAUAUUUUUGUCUCUUGUUAUUGUUUCAAAGUAUUAUUUAUUUUCCGUCCCAUUGUUGUAUAUUAAAAUGAAAUACAUUUGUAUGAAAGAUAGGGCUAAAUAUUACAGUUCAAGAAAAAUGGCGUGCAAUACAUAACUUGAGCUUUUUGUUUAUAUGUAUAAAGAUAUAUCAUGAAUGAAAUCCUUGAAUGAACUGAAUUCCAUGUAUGCCUAUUUCAUUAUGGGCAUGCAUCAUUAAAAUAUGAAAACUGUG